AUGAAAGACGAGAAUGAAGAUAAUAUAUCGAGAAAUUUUUUAAAGCAAAGAAUAAAAAAUGUGAAAAAUAUUUUAAUUAAGGAAAAUGAAAUGCCUAAAAUUGAUCAAAUCUUCAAGUAUGAACUGAAAUCAAAUUUAACGGAAAUAAAUGAUUUACUGCAUUACGUGAAUGGAAUUAUUUACAAAAAUGUAGAUACAUUUCAGAAACUCAUAUUGUUGUAUUCCUAUGACGAUAAUAAUGAUUACAACACCUCCAAUGUUAAGCAAAACACCUUUGUGUACUUACUGAAACAAAAAAUUAAAUUUAGAGAGAAAUAUAAAAAUGAGAACUAUGUAGACUACUUAAAAACAAAUCCGUUAAUUUUUAUUGAUACGCUUAACAAAUUACUGAUAAUACCGGGCAUAAGCUUCGAAUUUAAGGUGUAUAAUUUUGACGAAAAGGUCAAUAAAUAUUUUAUCCUAAAAUCAGAUAUAAAAAGUAACACCCUGUAUAACCCUUGCUUCAUUAAAUUGAGGAAUGGCCAUUUUAAAAAUAUCAUCAAAGUGUCGAGGAAAGCAGACAAGAAUACCAGAAAGAGUGAUAAAAGGAAUGACCAAAAAAUCGAAAAGCAAAAUGAUAAGCAUAACGAUAAGCAAAAUGCACAGCACAUUGAAUCAUAUUUUAAGAAAAGAAACACACUAUCGAAUUCCAAAGUGCUAAACACCAAUUUUGUUCCAAAUGAAUACGUAAAUUCGAAAAACGAACAAAAUAUCGAUCAUGAUAAACACUGCAGUGAAGAAUCAAAAUGUGAACUUGAAUCUACCCAUAUAGACGACAGCUUAGACAAAGAACCAAACGGAGAAAUAAACCAGGAAAUAGAACUAACUGGUAAAGGUAACAGUAAAAAUGAUAACGAUUCCGCUACCUCCGUUACCCUUCCUGAUAAUGAAAUAAAAGAAGGAGAUAAAAAGGAACGAAAAAAACGAAAGGAUGUCAACACGAAUUGCACCUUGGAAAGCAACAAUAGCGCGCACUACAACAAAAAAUAUAAGUCGAACAGUAUGAACAUCGGGGCGAAUAGGGAGAGCAGCGAGCAUGUCUGUUCGAAUGGAUUAGAAGAUAAUGUGGAAGAUGCGAAGUGUGCAAAGGGCGCGAUGGAUGUGGAGGAUACAGAGGUAACCGCAGAAGACCAAGGGGAAGAUGCGGGGGUAGACGCAGAUGAAGAAGAAGAGAAGGAGAGGGAAGAAGAAUACGAGUACGAAAGUAGCCGCAAUGACGACAGUAGCAGCAAUAAAAGCUCCCACUUCUUUUACAAUUUGGUGAACGAAUACGAAGUAUACAUAAACAAUGUCAAGUGCUACAUACUGUUUGAUUUAAAGAGUUGUUAUAAAAAUUUAGACAUUAUGAAAAAAUUAAAAAAAAAUUUGGAAGAGCUGAAAAUGCCUAACAACGUUUUCAAAGAAAUUAUUAACAAAAAAACAUUUAAAUCCUCUAGGGACAAAAUUGAAUUCAUAAAAAGAUUUAAAAAAAUGAUUAUUCCUAAUUUUAGAAUAGAAAAAAUAAGAAAACAAAGGAACCACUUAAUUAUUAUCGAAUUAAUGUCAAAGAUACAAAACAGUUUAAUAAUUAAAAGACUAUACCAAGAAUUAACGAGCAAAGUUAAUUUGCAUGAUUUAGUAAAGAACGCAGUUCAGUUAUUCACAAAAUCUGUAGAGAACAUGAAAAAUGAAAAUGUCAAGAAGUUCUACUUAAACAUGAUUAAUACCUAUUUUCAAAAUAACAAUCUGUCCUCUAUAGAUUUUAAAAAUUUGGUGCAAUUAUUUAAGAAAAAAGAAGAGCACCUAAAAAACGAGGAAUUUUAUAAUUUGUUUCAAAACGAUCUAAAUUAUUUAGAAAAGAACAAAAAACAGUGUGAUGAAAUAGAAGAAAAAAUUAACUCCCUAAAAUAUCUAAUAUUAGAAUCCAUACUAAAGGAGAAACAAUUAGAAAGAUCGGUAAAUAGACUACUCUUAAAUCAUGAGCAAUCAAAGUAUGGUUAUUUUUAUAAAGUUGAUCAGAGUGAUGAUAACACUUUGGACACUACGGAAUAUGGAAAACUACUGGAAAAUUUUUCCAAAGAACCCAUUAAUUUUUAUACCAUUCUGAAUAAAAGAAACUUGGACAAACAUGCUUAUCAUGACAUUAGAAAUUUUAACUACAAAAAAAAAGGUAAUGAUGAGGAAGCGUUAAAACACGACGAAACUACGUCAAGUCACAACCAAGUAAAUAAAAGCAUCAGAACAUCUUGUGAAAAUUGUAAACUGGACGCUGAAGGAGAAGAACAAAACCAGACAGAAGAUAAAAGCAAAAAAGACGAACACGACAAUUCCAAUGUUAAAGACCAAAGUAAACACAGUGCCUCAUUAGGUAAUACAAAUAAAUCAUCAGAAAAUAUCUGUUCAAGUCUAAGGGAAAGUACUAAAAACACAAUUAGCAAGUGUGACAACGGUAACAUGUCGAAGCAAGAGGAACAAAACGAUGGAGGCGAAUCAUCUAAUAAUUGUAGCAAUCAGGGGAGCCAUUACAAAUGCAAUAUUAAAAAUGCAAACAGUGAUGAUAAUAAUCAAGAGAAGAAAAACCAAUACAAUAAAAAGAUAAACUGCUCCCAAAUUGUGGAAAGCAAAAAUACACAGAAUACAAGCAGAACAGUUAACAAUGAAAAAAAAAAUGAAGCAUGUAAGGAAGAAAAUUGUGGCAUUAUAAAAAAGAAUUCUGCAAAGAACUGCACGUGCAAAAGUACAAAAGAAGCAAUAUUUAAAAAAUCAAGCAGCUGCGAAAAUAAAAAACACACAAAAUUUAAAGAAAAAUAUAAAAACAAUGAAGAAGAAAUGCCAAGUGAGUAUGAAAGUGAAUGUGAAAGAGACAUCAUUAGGUCUACAUGUGAGAGAAAAAACUUUACAUUUGCGAAUGAAAAACAAGAAAAAAUAAAUAACGAAAUAUUUUACAAAGUAUUUGAGCAAUACCCAUACAGUUUCUUUACCAAAUCUGUCAAAAAUUAUAAUUUAAUUUUAAAUGAAAAUAAGGAAGAAUCAGAAUUAUCCUGGUUAACUAUGCUAAAAAAAAAAACUCAUAAUAAAUCCAUCUUGCCACCAAGUAGAGACACAUUUAGAGACGGUACACAUUUUUCCAAUUGCCGUGCAACGGAACAUACUUUGAAAUUUUUCUUGUCGCUUUUAUCCCUAUUGACAAAGAGCGAUAUUGACAUAAAUCUGAAGCAAUAUUUAAAGAAAAACAUUCAAUUUCUAAAUACGGAACUAUUUAGUAUGAAACUAAAUUUAGAUAAAAAAAGGGCCAUACUUGAAAAACGACUAGACCAUUUUAAUUUUCAGGAGAAUUCCGAAUUUUCCUUUUACAAUCCAUUAAAAAUGAAUAUACGUAUGAUGAAUUUAAUCGGAAGAGGAGGCUUUGCAGAAGUGUGGGAAGUUUUCGACUCCAUAAAUUUAGAAAUGUAUGCGGCCAAAAUUCACAAAAUUAAACCCAGCAUGACUAACGAAAUUAAAAAUAAAAUCAUUCAGCGUGCGGAAAAUGAAAUAAACAUCCAUAUCCACUGUCAUAGACACAUUUUUAUAGUCAAAUUAGAAUUUUUUUUCGUUUUUGGAUCUGCAACGAACCUACUAGUUGGAAUGGAAUUAUGCGAUAUAGAUUUAGAUAAGUACAUCAAAUAUCAUGGCCCAAUUAAUGAACUUUUAGCGUUAUGUUGGGUUAAACAAAUAUUACUUGGUUUGUUAUAUAUGAAAACGUUACCCACAGGGAGGGUCCAUCAUUGUGAUUUAAAGCCGGCUAAUCUCUUAAUAAAAGAUGGAAUAAUCAAAAUAUCUGAUUUUGGACUAGCUAAGCUGAUUUUACCCGAUACUUACCAGUACUAUAACGGGGGGGGGACUCUAUACUACCAACCACCUGAAUGUUUAAGAAAUAAGAAGAAUCUUCUCAUCACAGACAAAAUUGACAUAUGGUCACUAGGAUGUAUUUUGUAUGAAAUGCUUUUCUGCGAAAGACCCUUUCAAUUUAAUUAUCUUGAAAAAUGUUCCAAAGAGUUGUUAGUUAACAAAAUGAAAAAGGGUCUCAGUUACCCCAAGAUUAACCAACAAAUUUCAGAGGUUACACUAAAUUACAUACAGUAUUUGCUAAAUUUUGAUUAUGAAUUUAGACCCUCCAUAGAGGAGGCCUUAGCCUACCCAAUUUUUAAUUUUUUUCGUAUACCUUAA